AUCGACAUGGACAAGGUUGUUAAGUUCGCCGAGCCUGGACGCGCCUUCGCCAAGGACUCGAUCCGCCUGGUCAAGCGAUGCACCAAGCCCGACCGCAAGGAGUUCCAGAAGAUCGCCAUCGCCACCGCCGUGGGCUUCUGCAUCAUGGGCUUCAUUGGCUUCUUCGUCAAGCUGAUACACAUCCCCAUCAACAACAUCAUCGUGGGCUCUUAAAU